AUGGAGAUAAUUGAACAACUGCUAUCAGCCCAUGAUGAUUUUUCACAAGAAUCUCAGAAUGAUGACGAUGUCGAUCGAAUAAAACAACAAUACUUCAAACGAUUAUCAGAUGUACUUGCCAAUUGGCAAGUCACUGAUGUUCGUACCGUACCAGGUGUCAUGUAUCAAGUUCGUUGUGGUCAUGAUGAAUUCGAUCAAAGUAUUGAAUAUCAAAUCAAUUGGUUUUUUGAUUGCGCCGAAACAAUUAUUCAUAAUCAUCGACAUUCAUUUGAUAGUUAUUGUUUAGAAGGAGAAUAUAUAGAAAAGCUAUGGGAAAUAGUUGAUGAUGAUGGUGGUGGUACAAUGACAUAUCAAUUUCAACGUAAAUCAAACGCUACAUUUGAUCUAUGUAAAACAAUACCUGGUACUCUUUGUCAUAUAAAAACCAGACAUCACUUUCCAGGCAAUAUACUACAUGUUGAUACAAGCCAAUUCCAUUCGAUAUCAUCGCUUGUUGGUUCCAGUAGUCGAGUUUUAACAUUUUUGAUCAAGAAAAACUAUUUUCCAGCAUCAGAUAUAUUUGCACUUAGUAUGACACCGGAGAUAGAAGUACAAGAUAAUGAAAUCCGACAAGCAACAGAUGAUGAACGACAAGUUAUGUAUGAGAAACUUCAGCAAUUACAAAAAACAAGUCUUUGUCAAUAA